CCAACAACACUGGCUAAAAAGUUCCAAGUCUUUUGUGACACAUUUUUUUUCUCUCUCUCUUUGGCAUUCUUGAAAACAUAUCAUUUACUAGCAUUUAUUGUUUCUUGAACUUCAUUAACUUCUAAAAGUUUCCAACUUUUUAUUUCUUGUGCAAAUGAAAACAAGAAGAGGAAAAAGAUCAGAGGCAUUUUGGCCUUCAAUUGUGAUGAAGAAAUGGUUGAAUAUUCAGCCUAAACUUAAUGAUUUUAGUGAAGAUGAAGUUGAUACUGAGACAGAGAGUGAGGAUGAUGUUUGUUCACUUAAAGAUGAAAGGGUGCAUGAAGAUCAUUGGCACAGAUCACCAGGAAAACCUACUGAUUGUCAGCCUCAAACUUCAGGGAAGAUUUCAACUAAGUAUUCAUCGAGACACAGGAGAGGGAAAUCAGAAACUCUGAGAGUUCAGUAUAUUAAUACAAAAGAAGUGAGAGUUACUAUAGGUACUUGGAAUGUUGCUGGAAGACUUCCAGAUGAGGAUCUCGAGAUUGAUGAGUGGCUUUGUAUGAAUGAACCAGCUGAUAUAUACAUCGUUGGUUUCCAAGAGGUAGUUCCUCUAAAUGCUGGGAAUGUACUGGGAGCAGAAAAUAGAAGGCCAAUUCCAAAAUGGGAGACGAUCAUACGCAGAACGUUAAACAGAAAGACAGUGGAGCCUGAGGCUAAGUUAAAGAGUUACAGUGCUCCACCGUCUCCGGUGUUAAGGACUUCACCUGCAGCUGAUAUAAUUGCUGGUGUGGUAACUACUACUACUACACUAGAUAUAAUGGCAGAGGUGUCGAUGGACACCACGUGCUUCACUGAAGAUAACAUGAUCAACCUGAGGAGGAACUUGCAAUUAAAGAGAAUAUAUGGCAUUGAUUGUGAUAGUCGAUUGGAUUGGCCUGAACGUUCACUCGAUGCAACACCUCAGGUCCUUUCUUCGACUUUUAAGUUGAGGAGAGUAUCGAGCAGCCGUGCACUUGCUUUUAGCAAUUAUGAUGUUGGAUUAGAUGGUAGCAGGUUAAAAAGAGGGCAUCAAAGCACCGAAGAUUUGGGAUCAUUGUGGACGAAUCAACAAGAGGAGCCUGAAGUUCUUGAUGCUCUUUCUGAUGGCUCCGAUCAACUUUUUGAUGAGGAAAAUGAUCUCUUCGAGGAAUUCACAGGGUUCGAAGAUGAAACAUCACUUCUAAAACAUGCUGUGUAUUCACAUCCGAGGUAUAUUCGUAUUGUUAGCAAACAGAUGGUCGGGAUAUAUGUAUCUAUUUGGGUGCGUAGGAGGUUGAGAAGGCACAUAAACAAUUUGCAAGUCUCCCCCGUUGGAGUUGGACUUAUGGGGUACAUGGGAAACAAGGGAUCUGUUUCUGUGAGCAUGUCUCUUUUCCAGUCAAGGCUAUGCUUUGUUUGUUCACAUUUAACUUCUGGCCAAAAGGACAGGGCGGAUCAAAGGCGUAACUCUGAUGUAUACGAAAUUAUGAGGCGUACACAUUUCUCAUCUGUAUUCGACACUGAUGCAGAUCAACCACAAACAAUUCCAUCUCAUGAUCAGAUAUUCUGGUUCGGGGAUUUGAAUUAUCGAAUCAAUAUGUUGGAUGCUGAGGUGCGGAAGCUAGUCACCAGAAAACAAUGGGAUGAACUUCUCAACAACGACGAGUUAAUCAAAGAACUUCGAAAUGGACAUGUCUUUGCCGGUUGGAGGGAAGGGGCGAUUAACUUUGCACCAACAUACAAGUAUGAGAUCAAUACAGAUAGAUAUGUCGGGGAGAUUCCAAGAGAAGGGGAGAAGAAGAGAUCGCCGGCUUGGUGUGACCGUAUACUAUGGUUAGGGAAAGGUAUAAAACAGCUCUUUUACAAGCGAGCCGAGUUAAGACUAUCUGAUCACAAGCCUGUAAGCUCAAUGUUCUCGGUAGAAGUUGAAAUAUUCGAUCACAGAAAGCUCCAGAGAGUCCUGAAUGUUAACACCGCCGCUAUACAUCCAGAGAUCCUGCUAAAUAUUGAAGAUGUUUACAGUUAGGAAUCUGAAAUGAAGCAUCGUGUAUUUGUGUACAUAUGUAUUUCAAGGUAGAGGCGAAAUCCAAGACCUAGAGUCAGUGGAUUCUGAAUGUGUUGGACUUCAAAGAUGAUAAGACACGAGUUCGAGAAAUCAUUUGGUGUUUUCAGUUAGGAAUCAGAAAUGAAGCACCAUGUACAUAUGUACUUUAAGACAAAGGUUAAUCCAGGAUCUAGAGUCAGUAGAUUCAAAAUGUUAUAUAUGACGGACAAGCCUGUAAGGUCUUCAAAAUCCUGUUAUUUUGAAAGGAGAUACAACACGAGACCAAAUUCGUGUCUUUCAGAGAUUCAACAUAUACAUAUACAUAGUUGAGCAGUGCAGAUUUUGAACUACAGAAUCUCAUGCUUUAAUGUUUUGUUAUAAAAAAAAAAUAGAAUUUUGAGGGAAUUUUCCCUUGUGUAAAUUUUGUGCUUCCCAAGUUUUUUGUUGUAUGGAUUUGUAAAUUAUGAAAUUACUUCUUUGAUACA